AUGAAUCCUAAUAUGGUAUUUGGGAUUCUGUAUCGGUCUACUGUAAUUGCAGCAUAUCGCCUCUUUAAAACAGCAUGGCCCGAUGUGUGUCCCGCAAAGGAAACUGAGUUAGUUGAAGCACAUUUUACUUGCUUGUUCAAGCGAUUCUCGGAGAACGCAGUCUCGUCGGCAGAUUUACGCAGAGAACAACUCAAGUCCCUCAGUGGUCGAUUGUCUCGCAUACGGAGUAAUCGUAUUUGCUUGGUCUGUCUUCUGCAUUCUGCGCAACAUAUUCUAGCUUGUGGACAUACAGUGUGCGACCGCUGUGCUCAAAUUUUCGGCAGCCCUGCCUCCGGAUUAGAGUAUCAAUUCACUCUCAAGGGUUGUCUUUACUGUCUUUACCAGAGGCCAUUAGUGGUAGAUGUCCUUCCGCCAACUAUGAGUCCUACAAUCCUUGCCAUCGAUGGGGGUGGAGUGAGGGGAGUAAUUCCGUUGGAAUUCCUACUUCUCGUGCAGGAACAUUUGCGUCCUUGCAUGAUACAAGAGGUGGUAGAUCUCUCACUCGGAACGAGUUCAGGUCAGCCAAACACCCACGAAGUAGUUGUGCCAUCUUCGAGAGGGCUGAUUGCCUUAGGAUUGUUCGCACUAUCCUGGGAGGUUACAGAUUGCUCGAAACGAUUUGAUACCUUGGCACGUCGCAUUUUCCGCGAAAGACGCUCAUCUGUGUUGCCUCUACUCCUUCGUCAAAUAUCUGGCUUUAAGUCAGUCUUUGGCGAAAUGACGCGAUGGAUCCAAUGGCUACUACAUGACAGCUGCUACGAUUCACGGGUCUUCGAUGCCGCGCUGAAGAGUGCUUUUGGGGAGCACCGUUGUAUCUUUGGUGCCUCGAGAGAAGAUCCUCGGGGACCGAUACGCUCAGGAUCAAAGGUUGGUGUGGUAACUACGAGCAUCUCCAGGGAAACGAGUACCUUUGUGAUAGGAAAUUUCAACGCCUCGCACGACUCAAUGAUACGCGGAACGAACCGACAGUGUGGAGAACGUAAGUCCGAAAAAAUGCGGCCCAGUAUCCAGUCAUCGCUAACUGAAUCUAGAGCAAGAGCAACCGCCGCCGCACCUUUCUUCUUUACGCCUGCGGACCUGCAUGGAAUUGGUUCAUUUCAGGAUGGGGGACUAAAGUACAACUUCGCAGGAGAGAUCGCAGCUCAGGUUUCUCGCCAAAUUUGGCCCAUGGCCAUGGGGUCCACAAGAAUGAUAUCAUUAGGCACUGGAAAGGCACAGCCAAGUGAUGAGACCCCGCAUUUUCGCCAUGUCUUUCGUGAUAGUUUCGUACGCCGAGGAUUCGAUGCAUGGAUGUCAACCAUGGAGACAGAUAGCGAUUGGAGGAAAUGGCGAGGUCGCCUGAGGGAUUCGGUCAGAAGUGACAACCACCGCCUGGACGUGUCACUAGGGAGCGCACCUCAAAACAUUGACGCUGUCGGGGCUAUGGAAGACUACCGCAAUCUUGUCAUCCUCCAAAUCGGCAGCGCAAGAAUGGCCCGGGAUGCAGCAACUACAAUGCUCAUUUCCAGGUUUUUCUUUGUGGUCGAUUCAUUGCCAGAGGAUACCGCAACACCAUUCUGGUGUCGCGGAUCAGUGCAUUGUAAAGGAUCAGCCCAGAAGGUGAUCCAGGCUUUGGAAAAUCUCUACCCUGAUGGGCUUAGCUUUGUCUCAGACUCUGGAUUGAUCGACAGAUUUGGGGGCCAGAACAGUCUCUGCCCUUUGUGCGGCUGCUAUAACCGCUCAAUCUCUUUCUUGACCCGCCACCUGGACUUUACAGUCAAUUUAUAUUUACAAAACGCCUCCAAAAAGCGAUGGAGAAUUGGCGGAUUCCCAGAGAGUGUGGCAUCGUUUGUUUCAAGACAAGGCCUGCUGUCUUCGUUUGGCCAAGAGAAUCACGGGUAUCCCUGUAGAGAACCCUGCCAGAGCUGUGACGUAAUCCGAAGCCCCCUCAGGGGUAGGCGACGUAGGCGCGAAUCAAGAGGCUCUACAGAAUUUUAUCCCAGGAAGCGCGGGCCUACAUAG